AUGUCGAAUGAAGAAGACAGAGCCACGGAGUCCAACGGCUCCUCUCCGGCAUCGUCAACUACCUCUGAGGCGAAAAAACCGUCCACCACUCCAGCAGGCUCUUCAAAGAAAUCGAAGGCCAGCAAGCCUAGACUGACAGCGUCUCAGAAGAACUUCAACCACAAAGAUGCCGAGAACAAACGGCGGACUGCCAUUCGUGAACGCUUCACGGAGCUCUCGCAAAUGGUGCCCGGCGCACAAGGACAGGAACGGAGCGAGCAGGUCAUGUUAGGGAAAACCACUGAUUUCCUAAGAGACAUGCUUCAGGAGCAAAGAAGACUGGAAGCUUUGGCUGAUGCCCAAGGUAUUCCCAUUGACGACUCCACUCGCAUGAGAGAUGACGAUUAUGGCGGUCCUCAAUGGGUCCAGCCGAAUAUGGCAGCGUAUGAAUCGAGUAAACAAAAGAAAUCGACCGGUGACUCCCAGAGUGCGACCAAAGAAGACGACGAGAACGAAUGA